UCGUAUUCUCUCAGUAGAGGACGUGACGCAAGAGCGGAAGUGGGUGCGAAGUGGAGGCUCCGCCUCUGUUUGGUUUAUGUAAACAGACACAUCUCAAAGCAGUUUGUUCACGAUGGAGAUCUUACGGCCGGUUCUCAUUAACAUCCACGGGAGAAUUUACAGGAAAAAUGCCGUUCAGGAGGAAUCUUAUGAAGAAGAAGAGGAGGAUGAUUAUUCAUAUUCAGAAGCAGACGCCGAGCAGUGCCUGGACGAGCCCUGUGACGCUCACGACAUACAGCAGACGGAGAAAGGCUUCCGCUGUGCCAUAGACGUGCCAAGUGUCCUUUAUAAAUAUAUUAUCGGUAAGAAGGGAGAGACUCGUAAACGACUGGAAUCAGAGACAAAAACUUCGAUCAGCAUCCCAAAACAAGGCGUGGAAGGACAGAUCGUGGUCACAGGUGCACACAGGGCUGCUGUCGCCUCCGCUGUAACCCGCGUUGAGGUUUUGAUCGACAGCUUUCGGAGGAAGCAGCCUUUCACACACUUCUUGUCGUUUCCACUGAAUGCUCCGCAGGUGCAGGAGGGAUUCGUGCGCUUUCGAGAGCAGGUGCUGGAACACUGCGGACAGGACUCAGGAGUGGAGGUGAGUGUGUUUCAGAACCCAGCCAAACUGCACCUGACCAUCGGCACUCUGGCCCUGCUGAGUCAACAGGAAGUGACACGUGCAAACGAGCUGCUCCAGCAGUGUCAGGCUGUGAUCAGAGAUAUCACUGAAGCGAAGCCGCUCGCUGUGGAAGUGCGAGGAAUCGAGUACAUGAACGACGACCCGUCGGCGGUGGACGUCCUGUACGCCAAAGUCGCUGUUAAAGACGGAUCUGACAAGCUCCAGCAGAUAGCAGACAGGCUGGUGGAGUGUUUCGUGUCAGCCGGUCUGAUGGAGCGAGAGCGGGACCGAGUGAAGCUUCACGGCACCGUAAUGAACACACUGUUCCGGAAGGAUCCGUCAGCGGAGGAUAGAGGAGCUUCGGGAAGACCCAACAUUAAAGAUCGAGAAGCUUUUAAUGCCAGGAACAUCUUACAGAUGUUCGGCGAGGUGUAUUUCGGAGCGUUUGAGCUGAAUUCGGUGCAGAUUUCCCAGCGGUUCUCCACGGACAGCACGGGAUACUAUUCCUCUGCGGGACACGUCACAUUCUCAUGACUACACACUCAUAAACGGCUCCAAAGUACUGAUUGAAAUGGGAUAAUCCGCUAUCUUUGUCAUGCAUUGUAAAUAUGAAUAUAAAGAGCAUUAUGCGGGAUGAUGUCAUGAGUAUUAUUGGGCCUUUUCCCUCAGUGUUUCCAUUCAUCAAAGCAUCUCAGUUUGCUGUGAGUGUGCACUACAAUACCCCAGUGUUUUAAAACGCUUUUUAUUUGAAUGUGGAAUUAAAUGUCAGGAAUCUGUGUCCACAUAUUCGGCUUGACCCAAGGAAUCCAUAGACAACAAGAUUGUGAUUUUUUUUUUUGGACAAACUCUUCAAAAGUUAUUCGCAAAAAUUGCUAUUUUUUUGCAUAUUUCAUGACCCAUAGGGGGCGCUGUUUCCAACUUUGGCACGUCCCCUCAGAUUAUGGUUCUGAUGAAGCGUAGCGAGUCUCAUUUAGAUUGAUCAAAGUUUGGCCGAGAAACUGAAUUUUGUGUGAGAGGUACAUUUCGUUGUAUAGCUAUAUAAUACAAACAAGGUAUUCAAUUAGGUUUGCGACAUCAUAACUUGUUUGGUCAUUUCUCUGCGACUCGGCCCAAAGAUCCCCUGAGCCAGUUUUUGUAAGAAUUGGGCAAAAUUUGAUUGAAAUGUAGUGAAAGACUUUUCAAAAUGGCCACUGCUACUGUAAUGGGCGGAGCCUUGAUGUAAGGUGUUGAAUGUGAUUAGCAUAAUGAGAAAGUUUCAUUUUUCUAGAACAAAAUGUUCUAACCAUUUGAAAAUUAAGUUUUUGAACUGAUGGUGGUGCUAUUGAGUAAGAUUACUAUUACAAAUGGUAAAGUCAUGUUGAGACCCCUAGUGGACCCCUGGUUGCUUACAGUGUCUUCUGUUGAAGUGUUGUUUGGUCUGUGUCCAGCAGGUGGCGCUGUGAGGUCACAGUGUGGCUGUUUGCUCUGAGAUGCUCUUGAUGAGACAUGAAACAUAAAAUCAUUCCAGAAAGAGAAAGAAAAUGUGUCACUGCUGUAUUCAAAAGAAACCUGUCGAGUUCAGCCUUGAAACUCUUUCACUGAAAAUAUGAAGUUUUUACUGCAUGUGCGGCUCAAUUAUGUUUGAUUUAUUGUACAGUUCAGAUUAAUAAAAAGGUUAAAUACA